CUGGCCGCAGCAGCACGGCGUGAACGUGGGGCUCUGGCAUUUCAAGUGCUCUCUGCGAAGGGAAAGCGUGCAUCUGUCUACUACCCAUCGCUCCUUCCCUGUUUGCUCUUCCAGGUUGUCCUCUGGGUUGCCCAUCCAUGAGCUCAGAUUUCCAGCACUACAGUUUCAGGAUGCCGAACAUCGGGUUCCAGAACCUGCCUCUCAAUAUAUACAUCGUGGUUUUCGGCACCGCCAUCUUCGUCUUCAUCCUUAGCUUGCUCUUCUGUUGCUACUUGAUCAGGCUCAGACAUCAGGCACACAAAGAGCUUUAUGCCUACAAACAGGUUAUUCUAAAGGAAAAAGUAAAAGAGCUUAAUCUGCAUGAGAUUUGCGCCGUUUGCCUGGAGGAGUUCAAGCCCAAAGACGAGCUGGGAAUCUGUCCAUGUAAACAUGCCUUCCACAGAAAGUGCCUCAUCAAGUGGUUGGAGGUGCGAAAAGUGUGCCCGCUUUGCAACAUGCCCGUGCUCCAGCUGGCGCAGCUCCACAGUAAGCAGGACCACGGGCCCCCCCAAGGCCCCCUGCCUGGGGCGGAGAACAUUGUAUAGCUUUCCCCAAGAAACAGACUUGCCCAUCACGACCGAUACUGCCAGGGUAACAACAACGGACCUAUGCAGAGAAUCGCGGAUCUCGGGAUCCGUAGCUUACCGCCUCGGUGCCUCUGCUAGGAUUCCCUUUGUCUCAUGAGGGCCUCCCAACACGCACUUCGGGGGGGUGGGGCCAGAUGCUGGGACUCGAAAACAACCAAAGUACUAUGCCACCGGCGCACAAAGACGCCAGAAGGCAGCAGCAGGCCGGUGGGGGUGGGUUUCUGAGAGCACUUUAUGACUGUCCCCGUCGCCUGGAUGACCUGCCUAGGCCGGGUCCCUGUUUCCAGCGAGCUGAAUCUACGGCGGAUGGAGCAGAAGGGAUCGCGUUACAAAUACAACGGGAGAGCUCAAGGGGCAGAGUCCCUGGCAGCACGGCCCGGGAGCCUCGAAUGGCAGAUUCGAUACAGGCCAUGCACGCCUUCUCGUCUCGCAUGGGGAAGAGUAAAUGCACACACUUCACGAGCCCCUUUGAAACGCGCCUCCCCGCAGCCAAACCCAGCUAGUGGUUACCUCCUGCUGAACUGCCGGCGGCUGGCAAACCGAGCAAUGCCAAGGCAAAGGUUUUACAUCGUUCCUGUAAUGAGAUUUUCCCUGAGUCAUGGACUUAAGCAGGACCUCUGACACGGUCCUAUAAGCCCGGGGCGGGGGAAAUGGUGCAGUCUGCCAGGAGCCUCAGAGGGGGCUUAAGUGUGCCACCCCGGGCUAACGAAGUCUGAGAGGAGGCUUUGCAAGCUUUGGGCUGGAUAUGUCGCAUCAAAGAACUGAGUGCGAGGUGCAGGCAUGGCUGGGUUUGAGGUGUUGGCCAGCUAAAAAUCUGGAGCCUUCUGUUUUGGAGAUCAACACGUAUGUGCCCGUGCAUUGGAUCUGCUCUUGAACUGCCCCCUGGGUGGGGAGUCCCUCAUCCCUCCUCCCAAGCAGUGGCAUGGUGGGUAGUAGGGGUUGCAAUGUAAAAUUGAUAGUAAGCCAGCUUGGGGUACAAGCACUUACUGCUCCCUCCACAGCACCUGCAUGCAUGUCCUCGCCCCUGCAGUACAAAGCCCAAACAUGCCUGAGUCCCUGCACUUGUACGAAGGUCCCUGCCCUUUGCGUCCGAGCGGGCUGAGCCGGUCGCCAUUACAGCGUUGCUUUCUCUGGUCUGUGCGCUCAGCCAGCUAAACCUGAGCAGCUGAGACGUGGGGGUGAGCACGCCCAGCUCUGGUCGCUUUUGCAGAGCUCCUGCCCUCGGGCUGAUUCUGCCCUUUGCUGCCCCGUGUCUGCCGAAGCACGGAGCAGUACCAUCAUCCCAGGGCGCAGCGCACUGGGUGUUUAGCUGGAGCGGGUUUGAGCAGGGUGGCGUUAUGGUUCCCAGACCCAUUUUCAGCAUGGCUCAGUCCGUAGGCUAGCGAGAUUCGUCGCUGCGCCUGUUUGGAGUGGCCAAGGCACCAAUGGACCAGAGGGACAAUUCUUCUAGGGAUGUAGUCAGCCACUACGUUACACGUGCGUUUGACUUGUCCCCUUGUCUGUAAUGGGACAGCUCUUUCUCCUCCUUUCUCACCCUUAUGUGCUGGCAUCCUGCUGGCACGUGGCUGUAUCAGGGUGUCACCGCUGUUCCCAUUCAGGACCAGCGUUCUGGCCCUGUAACAGUGCUUUUAGGCUCCGUGACUCCCCCCGCCCCAAUCUGUUGCCUUUUGCAACCGCACUGAACUACCCGGAGCCUUUCAGGCUUGUGCACGUUGCCUCGGCGUUUCUAAUCUGUACCUUGGUGACGUGUCAGGGCAGAAGAGGCAUCACGAUGCUUGUCCGGGGGCUCCUGCUGAGGCUACGUCCUCGAGAGCAGCAGGGCAGGCCGGGGCUACGGCUUCCUUUCCGCCGUUGGCAG